GAUUUUUAGUGUGAACUCUUGCGACACUUCGUGUCCAACGAGUAAACAUGAAAAGCGCCAUAGUAUUGUGCCUUUUGGCUGCACUUUGUACAGUCAAUGGCGCCCCAACGUCGAACGAUAUGGAGAUACUGAAGAUUCAAGUAAGAAACGCGAAAUGGGCCGUCGACAACAUUAUACGUCAACUCCAGCGGCUCCGUAAGGAAACCGGGGAAGACACUGUUAUGAAAGUCACGAAAAAGUGGUGGGAUCAAAUGGAUAGUCAUAGAGAAUACACUGAUCUAUUACUUAGUGCGCUACGCAACGAAGUGAACGCUGCUAAAACAGCUGGCAAGAAUGUGGACGAUUGCUACAAAAAAGCUGUUGAAGGUAUCAACACGAAUAACGACGUAGCGCAUGAAGCUGGUAACACAUGCAAAAAGAAUGCUGAAGAUUCCAUCACAAGCAAUCUUGGUUUUAUUGACAAUCUUAUCGCAACUGGACGCGCGCUGACCACGGAAUUAGAUAGUAUCUUUAUGAACUGCUAUGCCAGUGAUGAUUUUCGAAUGCAGAGUUGCGUUAUCGUUGAGCUUGCAAAAAUCAACAGCGACGUGCAAACUUUGGAGACCGACGCGGCUUCCGCCGAAGCUACUACAUUGCCCGUAUCCAACAAUGUCGUCUUGCAAGCCACCAAUUGCAUGCGAAACGCUUAUGGGUCUAUAUACGCGAAGAAUACGGCGGUCAUGUUGGCUGCCAAUGAUUGUAUCAAAACUGCUGGAUCUGGAGGUUCUGGCGGAAAAUCUGGAGAAUCUGGAAAAUCUGGAAAAUCUGGAAAAUCUGGAGAAGAAUCUGAAGAAUCUGAAGAAUUUGAAGAAUUCUUUGAAAGAAUUGAUUCUUGACGGGGAAAGCGAAUCACUGAAUUAUUCUCUAAAACAAAGGAAUAUAUAUACAAGAUCUAUAGAAUUCAACAAAUCAAGAGAAUUUCGAAGAGAUUAAAUAAUCGCUUAAAAGACUAGAGUGACUAGAUAAAAAGACCCAGUGUGUCUCAAAACAAAUUGUCAGUUUUAAAAGAGCAUCGUUACGAUUUCUUCUUUUUUGUAUUAAAAAAAAAAUCAGCACAUAAUUUAUGACGUUCCUAAUUCUGUAUAUCAUACUGCGAAGGAAAUAUUGUAUGUAAUGCUAAAAAAAAUAAAAUAAUUGCAAAAAAA